CGGCUUUCCCAGCCUACACUACGUGCAGACAUGAGCAUUCCCUGGUAGAGAAAGAGGACGUUUCCUGACCCAUUCAAAACAAGAAGAGUCUCCUGCUGGAGCCGGUGGAGGUAACGAUGCUCCUGAAAAGCCUGAGUCUGGCUCUUAUAAUCUCGACGCUGGUGGAGGCUCAGUAUGAAAAGUACAGCUUUAAAAGUUUUCCUCAGAAGGACAUCAUGCCGCUGGACUCUGCCUACAGCUACGCGCUGGAGCAGUACGGGGCGCAGAACUGGGCAGAGAGCAUCAAGUUCCUGGAGCUCAGCUUGCGGCUCCACCGGCUGCUGCGGGACAGCGAGGUUUUCUGUAGCCGCAACUGCAGCUCCGUCAGCCGGGACAACGACAGCCUGUUCACGGACAGCUCGCUCCGCGUCAUGCGCCACAUCCUACUGAGGGCUGCCUGCCUUAAAAAGUGCAAGGCGCAUUUUCCAGUGUUUAACAUGUCCUAUCCACAAAGGGAGUUAUUGGAAAGCUUCGAGAACAGGGUCCCGUAUCGGUACAUACAGUAUGCACACUACCAGCUUAACAACUUGGAGAAGGCUGUGUCAGCGGCUCACACCUUCCUGAAGAAGAACCCGAAUGAUCCCUAUUUGACCAAGAACAUGAAUUAUUACAAGACCCUGUUUGAUGUGGAGGAAUAUCUCAUCGACCACGAGGAGCAGCCGUAUGAAAGUGUUUUCCUGAAGAGUGUGACGCUUUACAACAGCGGUGACUUCAGCAGCAGUGCCCGACACAUGGAGCAGGCCGUCACGCAGUACUUGGAUAUAUACAGUCUCUGCUUGGCAGGCUGUGAGAGCUCAUACGAGAUCGUAGAGUUCAAAGACUUCUAUCCCGCCCUGGCAGAUCUCUACACCGAUGUGCUGAAAUGUAAGGUAAAAUGCGAAGAGCACCUGACACCCAGCGUUGGAGGCUUCUUUGUGGAGAAGUUUGUAGCCACUAUGUAUCACUACCUCCAGUUUUCCUAUUAUAAAUUGAAUGAUGUAAAGAACGCUGCUCCGUGUGCAGCCAGUUACAUCCUGUUUGACAGUAAAGACCAGGUGAUGCAGCAAAAUGUAGCGUACUAUCGCUUCUACAGGGAGCAGUGGGGACUCGAGGAAAGAGACUUUCAGCCUCGGCCCGAGGCCCUGAGGUACUUUAACGAGACAACCAAGCAGAAAGAGAUGCUGGAGUUUGCACUGAACUACCUACAAACUGACGAUGAGGACGUGGUUAGUCCAGAAGAAAUGGCUUCUUCUCACACGGUGCAUCCUGACGCUGAGUUUGAUGGUAUGGGAGACUACGAGGAGUCCUUCCUGGCUGAGUGGUGGCAAGAACCCAAAACUAAGUGGGACACUGGAGAGGCUGCAGACUGACAUCUGUCCUUCUCGUCUCCUGUGCAGAAAACGUCCUCAUCCGGCUGUCCCACCUCUCAUGACAAACCAAAAAAUGUUGACCUCCAUACAGAUACCGACAUUCUUAACAGUAUUUAGCAGAAAAAGCUGUGUACUUUCACCCUGCUGAAGAGUAAUAGGUUGAACUUAUCCGUCAUGUUGAUCGAGAUCAGAGAUCGACAUAUUCUGUCUUGGCUGUCAUCAGCCUUUUAAGAGGUUUAUUUCUAGAAUCAUUGGCCUGUAUGCCAACACUUGUCAAUGACUUUUAAAAAAAGGUUUUUAUUUAAUGAAAGCGAAAUGCAUCUGUGCCGUGGUAUGAGGAAAGUGACAUGAAGCUUUUCUUAAGCUUGACGAUUUGUCAAGUUGAGUUGUUGUAAUAAUUUGCUCAUAAUAAAAGUAAUAUUUUAAUAUA